AACCAACCUAUUUCAGAUCGUCCGACAUGGUCCUUGCACGAAUGAGAUUACUGUAAACUACUGUACCCAAAGUGGUGUGGCGAAGAAAAAUCUUCAUUUCUUGCCGAAAUCUGAGUCCAUCAAAUUGAAACCUAACGAGAGAACAAGGAACAUCGAAGUGGUGCUGGUGGAUGGCGCUGAAUGGCGACCAAACCAUACCUUUUAUGUGAAUUUGAAGAUACAGGUAGCCAAAGAAAAUGUCGGCUGGACUCGUCUGUAUGUCACCAGAAGAGGUAAAAAACAUCGUGGCGACAGCGUCGUACAUUACGAGACUUCGGACGUCACUGCACAGGCCGGACAUGACUAUGUGAAAACGAGUAGUACGCUGAGAUUUGUUGGGCAGGAGUACGAAAAGUACAUCGACAUAGAGAUUAUCGAUGACAAACAGGACGAAAAAGACGAGACCUUCAAUGUUGAGCUGACAUCACUGGAAGAUAGUGAAGCAACACUAGGCGGCAAACGUCGUGCACUAGUCACCAUUGUAUCUGACGACAAUGCUCUAAUGAACAUUGUAAAUGUCCACAAACUUAUGGGACACUACAUGGACAAGCUUUCGCCAUAUAGUGCGUCGUGGAUGGACCAAAUUCGCUCGGCCGUAUCUGUAGAUGCUGGCGAUAUAGAGCAUGCCACCCUUGGCGAUUGUAUAAAGCACGGAUUAGCGUUUCCAUGGAAGUUCAUUUUCUGCUUCGUUCCUCCUCCCAGUAUGCUAGGCGGAUGGCUGUGCUUCUUUGUUGCUUUAGCUCUAAUUGGUCUCCUUACGGCCAUUGUUGUUAGUGCGGACCCUAAAAUCUUUGUUCCAGGUGAUUUUGCAUCCAUUUUUGGCUGCAUGGUCGGAAUGAAAGACGCCAUUACUGCCAUCACACUCGUUGCGCUGGGAACUAGUCUUCCAGACACUUUCGCCUCAAAAAUUGCUGCUGAAAAUGUAGGCAGUGCACCAUAUUUAGCCAUAGAAAAAGUGACCCUGAUUCAGGAUGACUCUGCUGACAAUGCCGUGGGUAAC